AUGCCAGACAGGUUGUCGCGUCUGAAGGCGAAGCUGUUACGACGAUCACCAAUCCCAAAAGCGGACGAAGCGGAUCCCGUCCACCCUAUCUCAAACUCUCCCUCUGCUCCGCAGCUUGUCGACUCCAACAAAUCCCCGGCAUAUAGCAUCGUCUCCUCGCCAGAUUGUUCCGAUGCCAUCGGCCCUUCGAGCGAACGCCAACCCCUAUCGCUAGGACCGAACGAACCGGAUUCCACGCCUUAUUCGGACCGACAGCCAACGCCCGAGAACCGUACCUGUACAUCGUCACCUGAAGCGCAUACCUCUUCGCUACAUACUCCCCUCUCGGACCCUUCAUCCCCCCUCGAAACACCUCCGUUCCCAACCCCUCAGCAUUCCGACAGCACCUCCUUCCAGUCCACCCACAAGGUUCAAGCCUCAACGCCAGCUGGGAACCAGUUGACACCCACCCUCAACACCGUUGUUGAGUGGCCUGCAUACGACCGUAGACCUUCUGCGCCCUAUUACACUCCUUCGUCGAGCAAGCGACCUAGCCUUGCGAUCCGCCGUCAAUCUCUUCUGCCAGCGUCACAUCAACACUUGAUUAGUGGUCUGUUGGAGGCGAACAUCUUCUCUGCACUAGGAGACCAGAUUAGCGAUUUUGCUCCCGCCCCUCCACGCGAGAUGAUACAACGUCGGGUUUGGGUCAAACGGCCUGGUGGCUCGGCCACCUUGGUGCCGUGCACGGAGGACGCGGUGGUGGAUGAGCUCCGCGACCAGGUGAUCAUGAAAUAUGUCAAUUCGCUAGGGAGAAGCUUUGACCCGCCGGAUAUCGUGAUCAGAAUAGUGCCACGAGAAGGAUCAAAUCGACAAACCCACCCGGAACGUCUCUUGAGCCCGGAGGAAGUUCUGUCAUCUCUACUCGAUGCUUACUAUCCAGGAGGGCAGAAAAUCGAGGAAGCGUUGAUGAUUGAAGCGCCGACGCGCCGAACACCAAAGCCAUCACCGCGUCAUUCAAUUUACUCCCAUCAUCACUCUGAACCUGGCGAGCAUGGCGAUUACUUCCCCCUCAUGCCCGUCAACCCCACCUCCAGCAGCCCGGCCGCACAUCCGCACCCAGUUCCGGCGGCGGCAGCGAGUGCACCCUCAAUAUCCGUACUCAACACCGGGGUAGUUCCUCCGCUGCCAUCUCCGGGAAAUCGCAGACGGCAUCACCAACGCCCUCCGCUGACGCGACACGCAACGAACUCACCUACGAUUCAUGGCCAUAUUCCCAUCGUUACAGAAACCGGCGUUUCCCCUCACUCUCAGCCUCCUCCAACAACAACCGCUCCUGCUGGUUCAACCCCCCCAGUACCCGCAGCAGAGUCCCCGCAAGUUAAAUCACACACUCCCCCAGCAGUAUCAUCCCCACGCUCUGUCCGCAAAGCCAAAGCGGCAACCUCCCCCGGUGCAGUCUUUGGCGGAUUGAUUGACGGUACCGUUCCCCCAAUUAACGUCCUCAUUGUGGAAGACAACAUCAUCAACCAGAAGCUCCUGGAAGCUUUCAUGAAGAGAUUGAAAGUGCGCUGGAAGUGUGCGGCAAACGGCGAGGAGGCCGUACGGAAAUGGCGACAAGGCGGUUUUCAUUUAGUGUUGAUGGAUAUCCAGCUUCCUGUCAUGAACGGACUAGACGCAACCAAGGAAAUCCGACGUCUUGAGCGCCUCAAUGGCAUUGGUGUCUUCCCCAAGACAGCCUCUGGACGCUCUAGUGUGUCUAGUACAGCUUUGCUGGAUAGAAGACCCGGUCUCCAGCGAACUCUCAGUGAAGGUGACGCUUUGCCAGAUUUAUCACUUUUCCGGAGUCCAGUCAUUAUCGUCGCUCUCACAGCCAGCAGCUUGCAAAGUGAUCGACACGAGGCCUUGGCCGCUGGUUGCAACGAUUUCUUGACCAAGCCUGUUGGUUUCCCUUGGCUAGAGCAGAAGGUGACAGAAUGGGGCUGCAUGCAAGCCCUCAUUGACUUUGAGGGCUGGCGGAAAUGGCGAGGCUUCAUGGAUUCCCCUCGAUCCACCUCCCCAGCCAUUGACACCGCCGCCAGCCCAAUGCAAGGUGGUCACCGCGCCGAACCUGCCCAAAAGGACCCUGUCUCACCGUCCAGCGCUCGCACGGCUUUCAAGAAACAAAACUCAGAUCAGCUUGAACCCAGAGGCGGCCUUCCAGAUUCCGCACAAAUUAUGCGGGAAGAUUCAUGGGGAAGCGGCAGUCCUGAUAGUGUAGAUUCGCCUUCGAGUCUACAAACCGCACCUGGAGACCCUGCGCCAACAAGCGAGGACAGUAGCGCUCCCGAAUAA